CCCUAUGUCAAGAAGCACGGCGGGCCAAGACACGCGUAUUUGCUCGCGGCUGUCGAAACUCUAAUCACGUGAGAAACUUAGGCGAGUGACAGCUGCUCGUGCGCUCUGAGCGAAGCAAGAAAAAGAAAUAGCCACGAAAAACAAAACAAGAACCCCUUUCCCUGAAAUCGCCAUCUUGUGUCACGUGACGCAUGACGUCGUUAUGGCGGCGGACAGCAGCCAUCAAGCAAAAAAAGAUGGCGCCGAGUGAAAGCCAUCCGUAGCAAGCGAAGCGAGCGAUGUUACGCGAAGCUCUUCGCUGAUCCGUAUCACCUGGCCCGCUUGGAUGCCGCUCCUGGGCCGCGACUGUCGGCAAUUCCGUGGCGCCCCAUCGGCCGGCACAGUCGGCCGGCUAGCCGUCUCCGGACCCGCGGAAACAGCAGCCGUCGCAGCCAGCGUCGGCGAGUAAUAAAAAUAACAAGCCCAGGGCGCUUUGUAUCCCCUCCCGCGACGACAUGGCGGGUCGCGGGGCGCUCAAGUCCCAGCCCGGCUCGGCCGCCUGCUCCUACGAGGGAUUUGACAAGCUGUCCAGCAGCACGCUCAAGAGGCACCCUAAGAUGGAACUAUGUAAAGCUGACCUCCUCAAGCUACUCAGUGUGCUUGAGGGUGAACUUCAGGCUCGAGAAAUUGUGAUCGCUGUACUGAAGGCCGAGCAGGUGAAGCAGCUACUGUACCCGCGAAAGGCAGGCGCCAACGGCGCAUCGGGCAGCGACCCCUGGGCAGCCCUGCAACGGGACGUGCUCAAUGCCUACGAUGGGCGAUUCGACAUGACCUCGGUGCGAGCUCUACACGGUCUUCAACUGCACCACUUGGAACAACUCAUCGCGUUGCACCGGCGGGUCCAGGCGCGCAACCGAGAUGAGCUCCGAGCAUUGGAACAGCGCUGUGCAAAGCUCUGCCGGGAGCUGGAAGAGGAAAAAGGGAAACGGGCGCAGGACACGGCCCAGGGCGACAACGUGACCUUUCUGCUAGAGAAGGAACGAGAGCACCUUCGCCAUGAGGUGGACCUCGAGAGGCAGCAGAGCCGGAGGCUCGAGAAGGACCUCCAGCAGGCGAAUGAAGCACUUGAAAUGGAGCGAAGUCGACAGAAGCAGAUGGUAUUGCUCCUCCUGGCCGAAAGAAAGCGGUUAAUUGUGCGACUAAUCCAGGAACGGCAACGGGGAGAUCAACUUCUUCAGGGCUUAAAGGACGAAAAGGCUCGGUCGUCCGAAAUGGUGGAAGGCCUGGAAGAGGAGAGUAAACGGUCGCUCCAGAUGGAGGAGGAAUUGGAGCGGCAAGCAGCGGACUUUGAGCUGGAGAGGGAACGCUUCCAGACACAGGUGGCUGAGCUGAAGGCGCAGAAUGCCCAGCAGCAGUUAGAGCUGGAGCGACUGCGGCAGGAGGCAGAGCGCUUGGUUCCGCCCCCCGCACCCGCACCUCCACCCCUUGGAGAGGGGGUCCGCAGUGCCACCAUCAUCACCCCUGCCAGCGCACCUGCACCCACUGUCAGGGCGGCUGUUCCCACUCCGACCCCACCCCGGGGGGUGGCAGUCGGCCCCAAGGUCCCGCCCUCUGCAACCAAGGCUCCACCCCCGACAGUGCCGCAGGUGCCGCCAAAGCCAACUCCCGACCGGACUCUGGUCAAAAAGCCAGUAGGACCGACGACACCAGGCACAGCCGGCAUAGCGUCAGCGACUGGGACCAUUCUGAGGCCCACCCCGCCCCCCGUGCCGCCCAACAAGCCAGUGCUACAGCGCAAGGAUCUGGGACCGAAGCCUCCUGUGCCCCCCCGGACGGUGCCAGACACAGCACAGGUGGGUGGUGGCUUCACUUCGAGCCCCGCCCGUUACGUUCGCUGCAUGAUGGCGUCGCCUACAGAGAGGGUGGGGCCUGCUACAGCCUCUGCGUCGGGCCUCGAUCUGAUUGGACCCGAACUGGCCGACUUUCAGAGCGUUCUGGUCUCCAUGGCCAUGGAGAAGCCAAACAGUCCACUGCGCAGUGGUUCCUAGAGGGCUGUAGAUGUCUCACAAUUUAUUUCUUGUUCCAUCAUCAACCCUCGAUAGGGUAGGGAGCAGAACCAUCAACAUUAAUAGCACUGGGUAGUGAGAAAGCAUUAGGAUAACAGCUAACUACCAACUGUGCAUCCUAACUUUCAGCUUAUGAUAAAGUCGGUAAAUUUCGGGGACAUUUUUCAUGUCUGUUUUCGAGAGGGGGGUGAGUCAGGCCUGUUAGAUCUCCCGUGUUGGGCAGGUCGUAGAGCAUUGCGGAAGUCUUGCAUCUUGCUUUGGCCCUACACAUUACCAUCCUUCGCAGGUAGAAACAUUUGCGGUAGUCUUGCUUGUCUUUGGCUGACAUUGGAAGAGAAUUCGUCUUUGAUCACGUUAGUUACAGGGUAUGUUAAAGUCGGUGCCUUUUUUAACUUUUUGACGUUAGUCACAAAAAGUGAGCAGAGGUAGCAUUUCUAUUCACUGGGAAUACCAUCUUCUGGCUCUCAUUCCCACUACGCUGAGGGCCUGUUAUUCCGGGCGCACAAAAUGUUGCCAUCAUCCCAGAGUCCUUCCUGUGCCAGAUAUUGACCUUUUUCGACCUGAGGUGGCUCCUUCAGUGUCUCCUUGUUGUUGCGGCAGUGGACAAGCGAGAGGGUUCGCUGCAGGGAAACCAAAUAAGCUUGUGAGUGUCUGGCAGCUUAAUUCCAUUGUGACAUCCGUCAAAUUGUUAGUCCUGAUAGACGGGAAAGUGAACGAUGGACCACCGACCUAACAAAUAUUUACUUCAGGCAAACGGAAAUGCAACUGCGCGCUAAGUACCCUUACAGAGUACUUUGAAGUCUGCGGCCUGUUUCUGCAGUUCGUCUUGCAUCGGUCUUUAUAAAAAGUGAGGCCCCUGGAAGCAUAUUGGUCCACAUUUUCGUCUUUAUUCCUGAUUUGCUCAAUCUUCCACCUAGUUUAGCAACCGCCUUAGAUAGUAAACAGGGUAAUUACUGUUUGAUUACAACCAGAUGCGUCAAAACAACUACAAAAUGUUUUUCGAAGAUACAAUUGAGUAGCUGUGUCUUCUAUUGCUUGUU